UCUGUUUUCAUGGCAGACACACGGCUUUGACCCGCCCAACCAGGGAGGACAGAAUGCUGCUCCUCUGCCACAUUCUAGCUCUGACCAUCCUUCAGAUGUUGAUCAUCUCAGACAACUGGGUGUUUGCUAAGAACAUCAACUUCUACAAUGUGAGGCCCCCUCUCGAUCCCACACCAUUCCCAAACAGUUUCAAGUGUUUCACUUGUGAGAAUGCAGGAGAUAAUUAUAACUGCAAUCGAUGGGCAGAAGACAAGUGGUGUCCGCAGGACACACAGUAUUGUUUGACAGUUCAUCACUUCACCAGCCAUGGAAGAAGUACAUCCAUCACUAAAAAGUGUGCCUCAAAAAAUGAAUGUCAUUUUGUUGGCUGCCGACACAGCCGAGAUUCAGAACACACGGAGUGUAGGUCUUGCUGUGAAGGAAUGAUCUGCAAUGUAGAGUUGCCCACCAACCACACAAAUGCCGUCUUCUCUGUAAUGCACGCACAGAGGACGUCUGGCAGCGGUGUCCCCAUUGUCCCCAGAACCUACCUCCCAGUGCUGGCCUGGCUCUUCAUGCUUCCCUGGCUCUGAU